AUGAAAGGAAGCUGGAUUUCAAAGGUUCUGUUAAGCCUACUUGCCUCCGUUGUGUCAAUUCGUGACAGUUGUAUUGUCAAAAGGGUAUUUCUGAAGGACCUUUGCGAAGAGAGAAACGGGAGAGAGAAAGAAGAGGUUGUAGUGGUUGGUGUUUUGGCUGAACAGCAGGCUGGGUUUGUGAGGCAGGCUGGAAUUGUAGAGAAUUCGUUUGAGAUGUUGGUAGAGAGGAGGCAGCAGGACCAGUGUGGAAGUGCUUCAAAGAUAUUAAAAUAA